GGAGAGCUCCGGCACGCAGCGGUGCGAGAGUCGAGACAUACUAUAUCAACUGCACUGAACUGCCAUAUACUCUUAGGCAAUUAAGCUUUAUUACACAGGGAAGACUCGCCUUGGAAUUACUCUGUAUUUCAGCAAGAUGUAACCCGGCUUCAUGGGCGCCUGGUGCAUGGUGACGCAACGCCUCGAAUCAGGUGGAGUGACGACAAUUGCGGCAACAGUGUCGGGUCUUGGAAGAUAACGGUUUGGAGUCCACACCGGUCCCCCGUUACUAUGAGUCACGAUUUACAAUGACAACGAAAAGAAAGUCAACAAAGCUACAGCUUCGGCGGUCAAUCAGCGAGCAGCUGCGCGACUCCACAUCUAAGGCUUGGGAUUUACUGUGGAGAAAUGUCAGAGAGAGACGCCUUGCAGAAAUCGAGGCGAAGGAAGCAUGCGAUUGGUUGAGGGCAGCAGGGUUCCCACAGUAUGCCCAGCUGUAUGAAGACUCCCAGUUUCCCAUCGACAUAUCGGCUGUCAAAAAGGACCACGACUUCCUGGACAAAGACCUUGUGGAGCCCCUGUGCCGGCGGCUCAACACGCUGAACAAGUGUGCCUCCAUGAAACUGGAUGUCAACCUUCCCAAGAAGAGAAGCGAAGACUCCGAUGAGGACGACCUGCUGGCGAUCAGCAACCGAUGGACGUUUGAGCCGAGCAGCCGCCGCUGGUCCCGCCUGCAUGACAUCGACCUCCUCCUGGGCAGCGACCCUCAGCGGCGGAGCCUGUCGGACGGAGGCGAGGACGGCGGCAGCGGCAGCGGAGUGGACGGCGGGGUGGACGGCGGCGGCAUGGGCUCGGGCCUGCGGCCCACGGUGAGCAGCGAGAGCGUGCUGACGGACCUGAGCGAGCCCGAGGUGUGCUCGCUGCACAGCGAGGACUCGGCCUCCGCGCUCACGACGCCGUGCUCGGACUCGCUCUCCCUGGCGCCGUCGCCGGGCGCCUACUCGGCCCACGCCUCCCUGGCGCACUCGCCGGGCGACUACCCGCACUACCACUCGCUGCCCGCCAAGGUCGGCGGCGGCGGCGGCGGCGGCGGCGGCAGUCGUCACGGGCGCACGCGGGCCAAGGACUUCCUGCGGCGCAUGGAGACGCUGCGCUCGUGGGGCAGCUCGCUGGGCCGGCCCGAGCGCCGCUCGCUGGUCAUCAGCGGGCCGGUGCUGCAGCGCGAGCCGGACGCCCUGCGGACGCUGCGCUGCGUCCGGAUCGGCGACGGAGACGGCGACGGUGCCGAGCUGCCCCUCCCGCCGCUCUACAGCACCAUGCCUCGCCUCCGCCACAGGAGCACGCCGCUCAACGACCGCUCGCCCGCCGACCGGGACGGAACGGCCGACCGCUCCGAGACCACCACCGCCGGCGGUGCGGACGAAAACGCGCCGGGCGCGUCCGAGGACGGCGUUGCGGCCGAGCCGCCGCCCAAACAGACGGACCCGCUCAGCAAGCGCGGCGGCGUCUACCUGGAGGGCAUGGACGUGCUCUCGACGUCCGAGCUCGGACCGGACCGCGCCGACCCGACCAAGGACCUGAACAGCACCAGCACUAGCCCCAACACCAGCACUAUCACUGAGAUUAACACUGACUCUAAAACGAACACUCGCGCCACCACCACCUCCAUCCCCACCACCUCCACCUCCACCCCCAAACGAGCUGCCGUGCGGAGGAACCAGUUCCGCUCCUACGAUGACCUGGUGGUGCACGUGCCCAAGGACCACAAGCCGGGCACCUUCCCCAAAGCACUGUCCAUCGAGAGCCUGGCGCCCUCCAGCAACGACAACAUCAACUGGAGGGCCAGUGGCGAUAGCCAGACGCGGGGAGGAAGAGGAGGUGGUGGAGGGCGGUUGUCUGGACGUUGCUGCCCGCACGGCAGCCGCAUCAGCGUCUACGACAACGUGCCCGGCUCGCACCUGUACGCCAGCACGGGCGACCUGAUGGACCUGGAGAAGGAGGACCUGUUCCCGCACCUGGACGACAUCCUGCAGCACGUCAACGGCCUGCAGCAGAUCGUGGACCACUGGUCCAGGAACGUGCUCCCGCCCGACGGAGAGGGCGAGAGUCACCUGCACGAGGAGGAGGACGAGGACGGGGACGAAGAGGACGGGGGCGGGAUGAAAGGGGUGGGGUCCGCCAGCCAGAUCACGCUGGACUUCGAGGGGCUGGCCACGCCCAGCGACGGCGAACGGGACGGGGUGUCGCUGAACGACACCGACUCGACCAGCACGCGGGAGAGGAGGGACUCGGGAGUCGGAGCUUCGUUGACCAGACCGAGACUAAGGUGGCCCAGCUUCAGGAUAUCCAACCGCCUCAGCCAAUCAGGGGUCUCCCUACAGCUCAACAGCCAAUCAGCUGGCCAGCUCAGCCUGUUACAGAAGUUCUCCUUGUUACGCCUCACUGCCAUCAUGGAGAAAUACUCGAUGUCUAACAAACAUGGAUGGACCUGGUCUGUGCCCAAGUUCAUGAAGCGGAUGAAGGGGCCGGAGUAUAAGGACAAGGUGGUGUUCGGCGUGCCGCUCAUCGUCCACGUGCAGCGCCACGGCCAGCCACUGCCCCUCUGCAUCCAGCUGGCGCUGCGCUACCUCAGGAGCCAGUGUCUGGACCAGAUAGGCCUGUUCCGUAAGUCAGGGGUCAAGUCCCGCAUCCUGGCCCUGCGGCAGACGUGCGAGAUGUCGCCGGACGCCGUGGACUACGAGGACCAGUCGGCGUACGACGUGGCCGACAUGGUCAAGCAGUUCUUCAGGGACCUGCCCGAGCCACUGCUCACCAGCAAGAUGGGGGAGACCUUCCUGCACAUUUACCAGUAUGUCCCUGCUGAGCAGCGUUUGCAGGCGGUGCAGGCGGCCAUCAUGCUCAUGUCCGACGAGAGCCGCGAGGUGCUGCAGACGCUGCUCUGCUUCCUGACUGACGUCACUUCCUCUGUGGAGGAGAACCAGAUGACCCCCAUGAACCUGGCCGUGUGUCUGGCGCCCUCGCUAUUCCACCUCAACAUCAUGAAGAACGACAACCUGUCGCCCAGGUCCAUUCAGAAGAAGUACGCCACUGGGCGGCCAGACCAGAAGGACCUCAAUGAGAACCUUGCCGCCACUCAAGGCCUGGCCCACAUGAUCAUGCAGUGCAACAGUCUCUUUGAGAUCCCCCAGGAGAUGGUGACCCAGUCGAGGAACUCGUAUAUGGAGGCUGAGCUUUUGGCGCCCCCUCUGGAUGAGUUGUGCAAACUGCAGCACCAUCAGCAUCAGCAGCAGCAACAGCAGCAGCAGCAGCAGCAGCUCCAGGAGGAGGAGGAGGAGGAAGAGGAGGAAGAGGAGGACAUGGAGGAGGAGGCCUCGUAUCUCUCGCAGGUGGAGAGGCUGACCCAGAGCCUGCUGAAGGAGACGCGGGAGAAGACCAAGGGCUGGGUGAGCCGGCCCAGUCUGGACAACACAGAACUGGCCUUCAGGAAGGUGGAGGAUGGGACUCCGUUGCGAAGGUGGCGUGUGUCCGUAGAGGUGGAGGCCCCUCCAUCAGCCGUGCUGAACCGCAUACUGCGAGAGCGCCACCUGUGGGACAGUGACAUGCUGCAGGGGAAGAUUCUGGAAACGCUGGACAAGCAGACAGAGGUGUACCAGUACGCACUCAACAGCAUGGCUCCUCACCCCAGCAGGGACUUCGUGGUUCUCAGGUCAUGGAGGACUGACUUGCAGAAGGGAGUGUGUACACUGGUGGCCAUCUCUGUGGAUCACGAGGACAGUCCACCCAUGGGUGGGGUCCGCGGAGUGGUUCUGGAGUCACAGUACCUGCUAGAGCCAUGUGGGUCGGGGAAGUCCAGACUUACCCACAUCUGCAGGAUUGACCUCAAAGGACGGUCUCCGGAAUGGUACAAUAAAGCCUUUGGUCAUCUCUGCUCUGCUGAAGUCGCCCGCAUCCGCAACUCCUUCCAGAGUCUGGAGUCUGAGGGGCCAGAAACCAAGAUCUGAGACUUGACGCCACUACUAUACUGGCACAGGACAACCAGAGGACUGGGCACAGGACCUUCAAAACGUAAGAGACUGAAUGUCGUGGAGUUGAAGACGACGAGCAAACAUUGGUUCGACAUGACAAAGUUCUAACUGCCAGACUUCCUGCCGUCUCAGUUGAGUCUUAGGGUGCCUCUCAUUCGGCUUUUAUACAUCCUCCCUUCCUCCUCGGGCCUCGAUCCUCACUGAUCUAGAUAAAGAAUGAUGGGGUGGCAACAAUGGGAUAGUCUAUCCAGUGUUAGUUAUAGAUCAGUGGGAACGCCCCUCGAGGAUCGAGCAUCGAGGAUCGAGGAGAGAUGUUGAGAGGCACCCUGUGUACUCCAUUUAGUCCUCAUCUGCAUAGUGUGUAUCACUGCCACCUGGUGGCGUGUGCAGGUCUUGCAACAGUUAUACAAUAGCAUGGUUUCACAUUGAGUAUGUGUAAAUCAUAACAGUGAGAUAAAUAGUGGAAUGAAUGCUAAAAAAUAAUGAAAACCACAAUUGUGUCCAUUCAUUAGGCAUGUAUGUAGACCUACUUUAGUCCGAGAGAUGUUCUGCCAACAGGAUGAACCGAAUUAUCUGGGUUCUCCUAGCAGCAUUAAAGAACAUAUUGCCAUGUUCAUUUGCGGCUCAGUUUCAACUAACAGCGUAUGUGUACUUUUGUAAGAACCGGCAGUUCUAGUGCUGUGAUUUUGCCAAUGCUGAGCAUUUGAAGUAAACCCAUUUUUGACUGCUUUAUAUGCACAUUUCUGUGGCUUGGGAAAGCAAUGACCAAUAGCUUUAAUAACUUUAAUAUUACACCAGUCUGUCUUGUGACACCUGUAUCGCUUCUGUUGUCAAGUGCAAUUACAGUGAUAAUUUGUGUCAGAUGCAAUAUCAGUAGAGUAGCCUUACGGUGGAUACUGAUGCCAUUUUCAAGACAAAUGUGUGUUUUUUUUUGUUUGAUUGUUUUUUAUUUGUUGUUUUUUGUGAAAAUACUGUAUUAAAUGUUAUGUAUUGGUGGCGACAAUAGAGCUCACAUGAAUGCAUUCAAUUCAGGAUAAAUAUGCUAGCAGCAACUUCCAUGGGAUUACCAAGAAGACUUGUAAAUUAAUUUGAGAACAAGUUAAUUGUGUGAACAAGGUAAUUAUAUCCCUGAGGGAGUAAUGGACCAUAUGUUCAUAUGUCAAUACAUCACCACUGCCAAGAGCUGAAAUUUGUUGAAAGUAAUCCUACAAAUUAUUAUUAUUGUUGUUAUUAUUAUUAUUAUUAUUAUUAUUGUAAUUAUUAUUAUUCAUGUUGUUCACUGUUUUGUCUCUACAAUGUCUAGGACAUUUAACCAUUUCACUGCUUCUGGGAAGCAUUUACAUUUUAUUAAUUUCUUCCAACACAAUGAUAUAUAGAUAAAUAUGAGUCUGCAAGCCCUAUUGUGUGUAGAAGUCUGUAUCUAGAUACCUGUUGCCAUUUUUGUAUAUAUGUUGUAAAUAUGCCAUGCUUACUGACAGAUUCAACUGCUUCUUUGCCCAGUAUGGCUGCGUGUUGACAUUGAUACAUUUUUGAAUGGUGUUGUACGUACAGAUCUCCAGCACCAAACUAUAGGCUGGUGCUGAGGUGCCAUGGUGUUGUUUGAUCCAGGGGUUUUGACCGGGAGCCUAAGACCUACAGGUAAGGUGCUAAAGGCUCCAGACAUGAUGUGAUGAGCGGAACAACAGGGUGUCUGAUUAUAACAGUUUAUAGGAGGGAGGGGGGGAGAAGAAUCUCUUACUUGAUUAAACUGUCAGAAACUC